AUGGUGCGGCGGUUCCCGCAGCUGUUCUGCUACAGCAUCGCCGGCAACCUGGAGCCCAAGUUCGACUUCUUCGCCGUGGAGAUGAAGCGGAGCCUGAGGGAGCUUAGGGACUUCCCCCAAUUCUUCUCCUUCAGCCUCCGCCGCCGGAUCAUUCCCCGCCACCGCCGCUGCUCCGACGCCGGCGUGGCGCUGCCACUCCCCGCCCUGCUGAAACCCGGCGAUGACCAGUUCGAUGCCCGUCUCAGGGCCUGCCUCAGCUCCUCCCCACCCCUGCGGAGGUCGCCGCUCUGGUGCGAACGCCGCCGCCCCUCCGCCGCCGCCGGUGGUGACCCUCUCGGCAGCAGAAGCAGCCCAUCUUAG